AUGGCGGCAAACAGAAAUUAUUAUACCAACAUGAUGACUGAAGACACUCAUCCAGUGGAUUUUGAAGAUUUUAGCACCCCUUGUAAUGAGCAACAAUCACAUAAAGUGGUAGUGACUCCAGUAGCCUCCUCUGCAAGACCAAAUCACGAGAGAUCAAAGAAUUUCAAUAAGAAGGAAGAUGAGAUUUUAGUUUCUACGUGGCUGAAUGUUGAGGGUAGACGACAAAGUGGUGCUACAAUGCAAGAUAAGAUUGAGGACUCACGUGCUUUGUACAAGUCCGAAGACCCCCAAAAAAGAUCAUUUCAGUUUGAGAAUUGCUGGAAACAGUUGAGAGGACAAGCAAAAUGGAUGACUAAACUAGACGAAUUGGUUGCUGCAAAGUCAUCUAAUAAGAAGCAAAAGAAAACCUUCAAUUUGAAUCUGGCUACACCUUCGAUCUCUACUAUAGAAGGACGUGAAGUUGCUGCUCCAGAGGAGAAUACAUUGUCGAGACCAAUGGAACACAAGAACGCCAAAGCAGCGCCAUAUCAAAGUGGCAAAAAAGGUUGUACAGAAGCUUUAGAGAACUUGCGGGCGAAGAAGAAAGAAUUUGAUACUGACAAGGAGCUAAAGAAAGAUGAAUGGUUCAAACAAGCUUUUGCACUUGAACAAGAAAUGGGUUGCGAAUGA